CAUUCCCCCCAGCAGGUAACCUCCACCAUGGCGGCGAGAGGCCAUGUGCAGGACCCCAACGACCGGAGGCUCAGACCCAUAUACGAUUACCUUGAUAAUGGCAACAAUAAAAUGGCGAUACAGCAGGCCGAUAAACUGCUGAAGAAACACAAGGACCUGCACUGUGCCAAGGUCCUAAAGGCUAUUGGCCUUCAGAGGACAGGGAAGCAGGAUGAAGCUUUCACUUUGGCCCAGGAAGUGGCCACUCUAGAGCCCACCGAUGACAACUCGCUACAGGCUCUGACUAUUCUGUACAGGGAGAUGCAUCGUCCGGAGUUGGUCACCAAGCUGUACGAAGCGGCGGUGAAGAAGGUUCCCCUCAGCGAGGAGUACCACUCUCACCUCUUCAUGGCGUACGCCCGCGUUGGGGAGUACAAGAAGAUGCAGCAGGCAGGAAUGGCCUUGUAUAAAAUCGUCCCCAAGAAUCCAUAUUACUUCUGGUCUGUCAUGAGUCUGGUGAUGCAGGCCAUCUCAGCACAAGAUGAAAAACUGGCCCAGACCAUGUUCCUGCCUCUGGCUGAACGCAUGGUGGAGAAAAUGGUGAAGGAGGAGAAGAUUGAGGCAGAAGCAGAGGUACAGCUGUAUUAUAUGAUCCUGGAACGCUUGGGGAAGUGUGUAGAGGCUCUGGAUGUGAUCAGGGGUCCACUUGGGGAGAAGCUGACCAGCGAGCUGCAGAGCAGAGAAUCAAAGUGCAUGAUGCUCUACCGGAGACUACAACGCUGGCCGGAGUGCAACUCGCUGGCUCACAAGCUGCUGCUCAAAAAUCCUGACGACUGGCAGUUCUAUCCCUCCUACUUUGACUCUCUCUUCCAUCUGAUCGAUCAGUCGUGGAGUCCUCCUGAAGAAGGAGAACACUGCUCGGAGGGCCCGGUGCAUCACACUGUGGCCGAGGUGAUGAGCUUCGUGGAGGAGAGAAUUAAAGGGGAGGACGGCAAAGACUCGCGCUCACUCAGAGGACCCUAUUUAGCUCGGCUUGAAUUAAUUCACAGACUGAGAGAAAGGGGCUGCCCUGAAGAGAAACUGUUAGGUGAACCUUUAGAGCUAAUGGUGCAGUUCUUUGGGAAGUUUGGAGACAAACCCUGCUGCAUCACCGACCUAAAAAUAUACCUCCACCUGCUCUCUCCUGAUCAACACGUGCAGUUCAUUAACCGUGUGAGUGAAGCGGUGCCUCUGGGCGAGCAGGGAGAGGAAGGAUUCGCGUUUCCAGAGGAUACCAAAGCGCUGCAGAGGCAUCUGUGUGUGUGCCAGCUGAGCAGAGCUCUCGGGCUGCACCACGCUCUGGACCCGGACGGGAAACUGCGGCUCAUCGUGGAGCUCAAAGCUCACUAUCGGCACGGACUCAAGUUUGGAAUGGACGCUCUGAAGACGGAACUCCAGUUUUCUGAUAUGUAUUGUCUCAUGGCAGCUCACGUUUACAUCGACUUAUGGAAGGAGACGGGAGACGAGAACAUGGUGUGGCGGUGUCUGGGCGUCCUCCAGGAGGGUCUGGCUCUCAGUCCCUCCAACGCUCAGUUCAAGCUGCUGCUGCUGCUCGUCUACUGUCACCUGGGAGCCUUUGAGCCCGUGGUGGACCUUUACUCCAGCCUGGACGCCAAGCAUGUUCAGCACGACACCAUAGGGUUUCUGCUAACGCGCUAUGCUGAGUCAUUGGGUCAGUUUGCUGCAGCCUCCCAGUCCUGUAACUUCUCCCUCAGGUUUUUCCACUCGAACCAGAAAGAUACCUCAGAGUACAUCAUCCAGGCGUACAAGUACGGAGCAUUCGAGAAAAUCCCAGAGUUCAUUGCUCUCAGGAACAGGUUGAACCAAUCGUUGCAUUUUGCCCAGGUCCGCACCGAGAGGAUGCUGCUGGACCUUUUCCUCGAGGCCGAUAUCGUGUUGAGUCUGGAGGAGAGUGUGAAGGCCAUGUCUUUGUGUCCAGAGGAGGACGACAUCCCCUGGGACAACAUGAGGGACAACAGAGACCUCACUGUUUUUACCAGCUGGGACCCGAAAGACAGAGCGUUAACCGAGGAGCAUCGACAACGUUCUCUGGAGGAGGAGUCCGUCUGGCUGAGGUUGCGCUCUCUAACGCUCCGCCUCCUCGCCGCUCUGGCCUCGCUGGGACACACGCCGUCGCAGCAGAACUCUGAGAUGUCCAACCAGAACGGAGUCGGAGAGAAGACCUCGGUCCUCAGCAGUCUGCUCUCACAGCUGCAGCAGACUCUGCAGACGGCCGCUCAGAUAGCAGAGAAACGCACACAGUAUCCAUUCCUGGGCCCCCCCUCCACCCGCCUGGUCUCGGCUCUGUCCAGUGGGAGCUGUCAGUGCCAGGCUGCAGCCCUGCAGCUGUCUGUCCACCUACAGGAGCUGGAGACCGCCGGACUCGAUGAGUCGGCAGAGCUUCAAACCCAGAUCUGUAACGGCUUCAAAUCAUUAGUAGUUCAACUUCAAGAAAUACUGAAUAAAUGCAAAGGGGAUUUAUUGGAAAUGAAAGAGGGCAAAUUAAAAACCGAGCCCUCCUUAUUAGAAAACCUAAUCUUCUUUGUUGAGACGGCGUGCAUAGUGUUGUGGAUGGCUAGUCAGUGUGCCAAGAUCCUCCGACCACUUAAGACGAGUCUACAGAAGAAGAAGAAGAAGAAAAAGGAUUCAAACACAGCUCUGCCGUUGGUGGUUUGUGGGUUCCAGGAGCUGACGGGGGGCUUACAGGACCUGCUUACCCAGGCUUUGGAGUUUAUAAAGGGGCAGGAGAUGGGCAUCACGGCCCUUCAACUGGCCGGGUUAAGCUUGGAAGGACACACACAGGACGAAGAGUCGUUCACGAAGGCUGCUAUGGACAAGGUGCAGAGCAGUUACCUGCGCUCACUACAGGAGGUGGGAGAUCUGCUCAAGAAGAGAGCGGAAACUAUAAAGAGCCUCAAGAUCUGAAUAUAGCAUCCCACCGCCCCAAUAAAGAGGACUCUACCCCCCAUCAGCCCCCCCACACACCGCCGUCUGUCAGCCCACCAGCUAACUAUGAGUCCUACAACCCAAAAACACAGUCGUCACUCACCUCCUUCAUCUCCUGCAUAUUUCUCAACUCAGCGUUUGUGAGCUCCCAAUCUGGAUUUUUCUGUUCUUGUCUUUCACCUCGACACACACACACACACACACACACACACACACACACACACACACACACACACACACACACACACACACACACACACACACACAGUCUCACACACACCAACCUCGGGAACAUUUGCAACUCUUCUAGCACACAAGCUUGUAAGUAAACAUGACUUUAUACAGCAAUUAUAAGUGAAAAUGUGGAAUAAAGACAUGCUCCUUUUAAAGAAAAACAAAAGAAAAAAAAAAAAAAACAACCUAGAGCAAAAUUAAGAAAAUAUGAAUAAGCAGUUUUAGAUGAAGUAAUCUAAUAAAUUAUUGUACAUAGCAAAGAGCAACUACCACAAGUUAGAUGAGAAUAUAAGACACAAUAAACCACUAUUCUGCUGGUUUGUCUGUUUAGUUUCCUCUUUUUAUUCCUCACUUUGUUUUAGUUUUUUCUGGUGAGAACAAUCAAAGUAACACACACACACACACACACACACACACACACAGGGACUGUUAACACUAAGGAGGAAAGUUAUUUCAAUGUGCUGCUCUUCCAGCCGUUUCUGUCUGAAGAGCGAUCAGGCACACCUCAUGGACACCUGCAGACUGAAGUUUCACCGUUCAAUCUUUUCUUCUUCUUUAUUUUUAUUUUGUGUUUCUUGUGUGUCUCCACCUCUGUAGUUGCAGUAUUAUAAAGAGCAGUAGUGGGAUGAGUUAAAGGACGUUUUUUUUCUUUUUUUAAAGUCUGAAUUGUCCGCCGCUAUUGUUUCUUUUACUUUUUUCUUUUUUUAUACCAGUAGAAGUGCUUGUAAACACGUCGACUGUGGAACCGGGUCGUUCCAGCACAAAAACACACAAGAAAUCAAGCUCAUUUUAGGCCUGGGCUGAUUCAUAAUUAUUUAAGAGAACAUGUGGGAUUAUCUAAACAUGAAUGUGCACCCUGUUUGUUUCUUUUACUCAAAUCAGCCACCAUAUGUUACUGCAGUCAUUGAAGAUCCUUGGAGCAAAAUGCAUCAUUAUGCAAAGAUAAAAUCCAUUUUUUGUUGUUACAAAAUUACAAAUACAAGUGCAGAAAUGUAUUUAAUCUGCUAGUAUGCAUGAUUUGGCACACAGUAUGUGUUCUGGUUCUGAUUAGACAAGAAUAUAGAGAAGAAUUUUUUGGACUUUGACCCCAACUAUGGAAGCCCUGAGAGGCAAGUGAGAAAAAACAAAUUCUGGUGGUGAAUUUUCUAAGUCUGAUCUAUACUGUUUCCUCUCCUGUUUUCUUACUUAAAGUUGCAAUCCUUCAGAUUUAAGUCCUUUUUUUAAUUAUUAUUUCUAUUUGAGUGGAUGAUUUGUAAAGAAAUAAAACCGACACGGCUGUUUGUUUUCUCAGCGUUUUAGACGUAAAAUAUGAACGGCUCCUUACAUAUUUUUUUUUUUCCCGCGAUUAUCUCCAGACACCCUGAUCAAAAUACUGCAAAUAGAUAAAUAUUGCAAUACUUUCGUAAUUAGUGUUGCCUCCUUCCAAGAUAGAUAGUGAUCCAAAAUAGGUCUUUUCUUUAAAGAAAAACUUCCAUUUGCCACUUAAAGAAAAGGUAAAGAGAGACGUUUUGCCAGGAUGAUUAAGCGUUUGUUGUUGUAGUACUCAUUUCGGCCACAAGAGGCUGAAGUGCACCACUUUGUUUUCUAAAUAUGACUUAAAGCAUUCAUGUUUUUUUCCAGGUAUCUGUAACUUGUGUUUAGAGUUUGUGAAGAAAACUUCAAUACUUUUAAUCAUAUUUAGAACAACAGGAAGUGGUGCACUUCAGCCUCCUCUGGCCAAAAGGAGUACUACAACAACAAACAAAAAGAAACUGCCAAAACGUUUAAUUUCACCUGUUUCACAGAUGACAUAAAUAAUCUGUUCUUAAGUCAUAAACACAGAAGAGAAAACAAGAUCAGAGUUAAAAAAGCAGAUUUUAUUUCUCACUUCCCUCUCUGGGCUUCCGUACAGAUCCGACAAGAUGCAGCUCUGUAGAAUAUUAAAUUCUGGGAUUUCCUUUUUCACAGACAAAACAUUGGACCUAAUGUGUAAAUAUAAAGUUGAGGCAGCAGAACGGUGUGAAAGGAUAUUAAGUUUGUUUUAAAAAAAAAAAAAAAAAAAAAAAAGUCAGCUGCAGUAGAUGAAGAGAUCUGUCCUGUGUUCAUGUUUUUCUCAUUCCUGUUUAAAACACCAACAUCCCCCCAGAAAAGAAAGUUUAAUGAACCAAAAACAAUUUCAUCAGCUUCAGCAUCUUUUCAGCAAAAUCAUCUUCUAUUGUUAUUAAUAAAUAAAUGAGAGACAAAGACAGACAUUGUUUACAAAUAUCACCAGGAGCACUGAUGGACGGCUGCAGGUAGUGUGCAGUUCUUUUUGUUUAGUUUUACUAUUAUUUUAAGAAUUUGGCAGAGCAAUGUAAGAAAUGUGACUGAAUCCUCUCCUUCCUGUUUGUCUUGUAUUUGAAUACAAAUCAAAUGCACAUCUGCUAAUAAAUAAAUGCCUUUUUCUUUGAACACUCGAGCCCCGCCGUCUGUCUGAGCGGCUGCAGAGAAGAUGUUUGAGAUCCGAUCACAUGAUGCUGUUGUUGUUGCUGUUUAGGGUUCAGAAUCAUGGUUGACAAUCUGGAGUGUCAUCUCACCACCCUCUUUUGUUAGAAAAUUGGAAAACAGAAACACUGGAAUGUCAAAGCUUUUUUUAAAUAAAAUAAAAAAAGUA